CUCACCCGCCUCCACCAGCGAGCCCCUCUGCUCUCCCUCGCUCCGAUCUGGUGGAGCCGCCGCCCCCAACCACUCUCUCUGACUUCGAUCCACCGCCGCCUCCAAUCGCUCCCACCCCACUCCUUUUCCCCGUCGCGCCAAUUCGUUCGAGCACACGCCAGAUUCCUUUUAACGGCCGGCGCCCCCGCCCCCGACACGACACAGAUCCUGCCUCUGCCCGCACGCAGAUCGGCGGCGACGACGAUGGCCACGCCCCCCUCUUCGACAGCCGUGGAGCCGACGGCGGUGGCGCCAGCGCCCCUCCCGCGGCUUCCGAUUCCGAACCCGCUGCCGCUGCCGCUGUUUGCCGAGCGCGGCGGGGGCGCGAGGCUGGGCCACCACGCCUACAGCCGCAAGCAAAAUUCGCUCGGCCUGCUCUUCUCCAACUUCAUGGCCCUGUAUGACCGGGAUGGCGUGGAGUUCAUCAGGCUGGACGACGCGUCUAGGCGCCUCGGCGUCGAGAGGCGCCGGAUCUACGACAUCGUCAACGUGCUCGAGAGCGUCGGGAUCCUUGCGAGGAAGGCCACAACAAGGAGCAGGAGCGCCUCCGCAUCGAUAAGGAGCUCGGCAACAUCCGCACCCUCUUCAAGAACGAAAAGAAAGGUACCUAUAGGGUGCAUUUGACAGGAACUUGAUCACGGAGGUCGCUGGGUUUGCUCCGAGCUCCAGGCCUAUUUUUUUGGAGUGUGAAGCCGUGAAGCCAAGUGUGAAGCUAUGAAGCCAAGUGUGAAGCAGUACUUAGCAAAGAGUUUUUGGUUCUGUACUUAGCAAAGAGUUUUUGGUUCUGUACUUAGCAAAGAGUUUUUGGUUCUGAAGUGUGAAGCCAAGUGUAAAUUGUAAUAUUGUAAAAGUCUAAUGUAGUGUUAAUGAAUUAUAUCUGUUCUGUCCUAUUUGAAAUAAUGAUUAUGUAUGUUGAAAAGAUGUGAAAUGGAAUCUUGACCAGUGGG